AUGGGUAAUAGUAAACCAAGAGGUCUUAACUCUGCUAGAAAAUUAAGAGUUCACCGUCGUAACAACAGAUGGGCUGAUCAAGCUUAUAAGUCUAGAUUAUUAGGUACAGCUUUCAAGUCUUCUCCAUUCGGUGGUUCUUCCCACGCCAAGGGUAUUGUCUUAGAAAAGAUCGGUAUUGAAUCCAAGCAACCAAACUCUGCUAUCAGAAAGUGUGUCAGAGUCCAAUUAAUCAAAAACGGUAAGAGAGUCACUGCUUUCGUUCCAAAUGAUGGUUGUUUAAACUUCGUCGAUGAAAAUGACGAAGUCUUAUUAGCCGGUUUCGGUAGAAGAGGUAAGGCUAAGGGUGAUAUUCCAGGUGUUAGAUUCAAGGUUGUUAAAGUUUCUGGUGUCUCUUUAUUAGCUUUAUGGAAGGAAAAGAAAGAAAAGCCAAGAUCAUAG